UCCCAGGUUACCUUGCGCACGCGCAAGUUCAUUCGCAACCCCCUCCUCGGCCGCAAGCAGAUGGUCGUUGACGUCCUCCACCCAUCGCGCCCCAACGUCUCCAAGGACGAGCUCCGCGAGAAGCUCUCCCAGCUCUACAAGACCUCCAAGGACCAAGUGUCCGUCUUCGGCUUCCGGACACAGUACGGUGGCGGCAAGAGCACGGGUUUCGCCCUCCUCUACGACUCGGCCGAGGCCAUGAAGAAGUUCGAGCCACACUACCGCCUCGUGCGCUACGGCCAGGCCAACAAGAUCGAGAAGGCCUCGAGACAGCAGCGCAAGCAGAGAAAGAACCGCUCCAAGGAGUUCCGCGGUACGGCCAAG